AUGAAGUUCCUCAGUAUCUUCUCACUCGCGAUUCUCUCCGCAUCCUCAGCUUUAGCUCAGAUUAUUCCUCCCAAGUUUUAUCCUCCUAAUGGAACGUAUUACAUUUACAAUGUCCAGUACAAACGUAUCUUUGAUAACGCCAAUGGUGUUGCAACGGAAGGCAAUUCUAUCAUUGGCUGGCCUGCGCAUCCACAGGCAACUCCUGAAAACCAGCAGUGGCUGGUUGAGGGAUCAGGUAAUGGGAACAACUAUUCAGUCACGAUGCGCGUUGUGUCCACCAUUCAGCAACAUCCCGAUACAGGUGGAUAUGCUGUCAAUCUAGAUGGAAAGAUUGUGCACAGUGCGAAUGCCGCAUCAUGGACUCUCCAACCGGUCCCGAAUGCGUGCUCUCAAUUUAUGAUUGCUGAUUGCAACCUUGCGAUCGCACUUGAUAAUGGUAGUGCUCAGACUGUGCCCCAGGCACAACUGACAGCUGAGGCUGUCAACCCAAACGCUACAAACCAACACUGGGUCUUUGUCCCAAUCGACCAAAUCACCGAAUUUUUGACCGAGAACGGUUCUGGCUGA